AUGUCGGACUUCGAGAACAUCGCGAAGCAGUUCGUGGAGUUCUACUACAAGACCUUCGAUGCCGACCGCUCCCAGCUCAGUGCCCUCUACCAACCCGACUCUAUGCUCACAUUUGAGUCUUCAGCAUGUCAGGGCCAGGUCCAGAUUGUAGAGAAGCUGCAAGGUCUACCAUUCCAGAAGGUUGAGCACCAGGUUUCCACCCUCGAUGCGCAGCCUAGCAACACAACCGGCGGAAUCUUGGUCAUUGUGAGCGGUGCUCUGUUGGUCGAGGAAGAGAGACGGCCAAUGAGCUAUGUGCAGACAUUCCAGCUCUUGCCCAAUGGUAGUGGCAGCUACUACAUCUUCAACGACGUCUUCCGACUGGUCUACCCGGCUGCAUGA